AUGUUCAACUCAGCCGAUGAAAGCCUCGCACGGCCUAGGUCUGUCAAGAGGAAAAGAGUCAGCGUUGCAUGUAAAAUUUGUCGAUCUCAUAAAAUCCGGUGCGAUGGGGAUCGACCUACAUGUGGCACGUGUCAACGCCGGCGAGAGGUUUGCUUUUAUGAUGAUGAGAAUAAUCAAAAUGACUCGAGAUCCUCGGAGCCGAAUGUAGGUACAAGGCGCCUUGGAUCCGACGGCCCUGGAAUCCAAAAGCCUGUGUCCAAUCAAACAACCAAUGAAUACUUAUCGGGCGUGACUGCAAUGGGUCUGGUCUCAAGACCUCUCACUAGUGAUCCAGAGUCGACAGGCGGGUUUUUUGGAGACUCGUCCACAAUCGCUUUCAUCAAGCAGCUCCAGGACACGGUUAAAUCAAGGACAGCAAAACCGCCACAGGAGCUUUCCCACCAAUAUUCGCGUCAAUCUGUGUAUCAGGAGAGCCCGAAGUCUCUGAUAGAUACCGCUGACUCUCAUGAGUUGCUUCCACCACGCCACUUAGCAAACCAUUUGGUUGACUGCUAUUUUACCAAAAUUCAUUCGCUAUACCCAUUUGUUCACAAGGUGGCGUUUCUCGCUGCGUAUGAAUCACUCUGGAAUAAAGAUGGACUCUCCUCCAGUGUACGCUCAACCCGUGGACUGGGUCUUGGGGAUGACAGUGAGACUCGCACGACCUUUUACUAUGGGCUGAAUGUUGUCUUUGCUUUAGCAUGCCAGUUCUCUGAUAUUAUUCAGGUUGAACGGGAGGCCACAUCCGAGGCUUUCUUCCACACUAGCAAGCCGGCUUUAGAUGUAGAUUAUCUCGAAGCCGGUGGUCUUGCCUUGACUCAGACUCUUCUUUUGAUGGCACACUAUCUUCAAGGUUCCCGUACCCCCAACCGAUGCUGGCAUGUUAUUGGAACAGCCUGUAGACUGGCCCAAGGGAUUGGACUGCAUUCUGAUGUGGGGAACAAGCAUCGAUCAUUUGCCGGGAUACAGGUUCGGAGGAGGGUAUGGCAUGGCUGUGUGAUGCUGGAUUUGUAUGAGGAUUGGCAUCCCAUUUUGUCUGAUUACUUGGCUAACAUUAAUCCCAGGGCAGUAAGCACCAUUCUUGGUCGUCCGGUCAUGAUAUCACACACCCCAUCCACCCCUCUACCAGAACCUAUCGAUGAUGAAUAUUUAGUCGUGGAAUCCUCAGAAUGCGCUCAGCCAUCGGGGCUGUUCUCCCGCGUCGAAUGGUUCAUUGCGACUCUGAAGCUGUAUGACCUUCUUCGAAAGACACUAAAUACACUUUACAAUAAUAUCGAAAAACAGACCAGAGACCAGUCGGUGGAUCGAGGCCGAAUGGAGACUCUGCGCCAGAUUGAAUGCAUCACACAAAUUGACGCAGAGCUCCAGGAUUUCCGUCUGACGGUUCCUGGGCCCCUCAAAUGGGAUGUACCAGUCCAUGAACCACAGGACGACCAGUUCUUGAGAGAAAGAUGUUUGCUGAAAGCUAGUAUGAAGACGAUUCGAUCGAAAUUGCUAGCGGCGCUGUCGGAACAAGGUGACCAGCAGCAAGACCUCAACGAACAACCUGACAUGGCAGCACACAACAUAGGUCAAAUGCCGUUUCCGGAGGAUCUUUUCCGCGACUUGGCUUUCGACGAGCAGACUUUCUUUGACCCAUUCUGGUAUGAUUUGGAAUUUUAA